AUGUAUGCAAAGUGUGGGAGGAUAGAUCAAGCCAUAUUGGUCUUUAAUACAAUGCAUGAGAAGGAUGUGUUAGCUUGGACUGCAGUGAUUUUAGGCCUGGCAAUGCAUGGCGAUGGAAAAUCCGCUCUCACUCACUUUUCGUUGAUGCAAAGGGAAGGGAUUCAGCCUAACAGAUUGACAUAUAUUGGUGUUCUCAAUGGCUGCAGCCAUUCGGGCCUCGUUCAAGAAGGUCAGCAGCAUUUCAGUGAGAUGACAUCUUUGUACAACAUAGAGCCUGAGGUUGAGCACUAUGGAUGCAUGGUUGAUCUUCUCGGCCGUGCUGGUUACUUAGAGGAAGCAGAUGAGCUCGUCCAAAACAUGCCGAUGGAACCAAAUGCUGUUAUAUGGGGGUCAUUGUUAGGCGCUAGUAGAGUUUAUAACAAUGUCAAUUUUGCUGAAAAGGCAGCAAAGCAUCUUCUUGUUCUAGAGCCUCAUAAGGAUGUUGUAUAUGUACUCUUAUACAAUGUAUAUGCGAGUUCUAGAAGAUGGGCCAAUGCCGCUCAGAUCAGGGGCAUGAUGGAAGAGAUGGGGAUAAAAAAGAUAGCUGGGUGUACUUCCAUUGUGGUGGAUGGGCAAAUACAUGAAUUCACUACAGGCGAUAGAUCGCAUUCUCAAUUUGAGGAAAUCCAAUUGAUGAUCAGUGAAAUGGCAAAGCAACUGAAGUUGGCAGGACAUGAGCCAGGCACGUUGGAAAUCUCACUGGAUAUCGAUGAGGAGGAAAAGGAAGAUGCUUUGUUUAAUCACAGCGAAAAGAUGGUUAUUGCUUUUGGGAUUAUGAGAUUAGGGGCCAAUCUACCUAUUCAUGUACUUAAGAACCUGCGAGUGUGCAGAGAUUGCCACUCUGCAAUCAAGUUAAUUGCUAAGAUAUAG